UUCCAAAUUGGGAAAUUCUAUUUUUGGAAAGUUUUUGAAACCAAUCCAAAAUAAAAUUUGCAUGAGAGUGGAUUUAUUCUAAUAUUUUCCUAGUCAUCAAAUCCCAAUUGGAAACCCCUUUCUCUCUCCCCCAAUUUCCUCCCUCUCCAAGCAUGCCGCCGGCCACCUAUGGGAAACCCCAUUAAUGGCUCAAUUAAACCCCCCAAAUCCUAUUUGAAAUUCAAAUUAGGAUUAAUUUCUUCCCUCCAAUCCUCUUAAAACUGAAAUAAUUUCAGUUUUAUUGCUCCUCUUCCUACCGCCGGCUCUCCCAUAAUUCCUCCCUAAUUGAAAUUUUCAAUUAAUGCAUUAAUUACAUUAAUUGGAAUUUCAAAAUCCCUAAUCUUUCCCUCCUAACUUCACAAAAACUGAAAUUAAAUUUCAGUUUGCUCUCCACCAACCCGCCCCUCCCCUUGCUCUACCGCCGGCUCCCUUCUCCCUCUCCAAGCCGCCGCCCCACCCUCCCUCCUUGGGGAGAUCUUGCUUGCGGCAACCGUCCGGAUCCACUCCAAGGAUGCAUGGACGAACCCGAGUGGAAUUACGGUUUUGAGUACGACGACAACGGAAGGGUCGACAUCCUCCGGUCUCCUUUCUUCGACGUCGGAUUCGACUUCGACGAUACCGUUGUGGAGUAUUUAUCACGGAUCGUACCCACCUUGAUAGAGACCGUCGACGAUCACUUUUCCGACUACACUUGGCUUAUCGAAGGUCGAUCUACCGUGCCUCCUCCGCCUCCGAGAUCUUCUUCCACGGCGACUUUCCUUGGCGCUUCCGUCUUAGUGGCAACCUCCAUGCUAGUUUGGUCAAUCUUCCGCCGUUCAACCUAGUCUUCGUAGGAAGAGAGUGCCAAAGACCUCAAAGUGUGAACAACUUGGUAUUAAUCGCGGGAUUUUAUUUACUAGCUAUUGUGUUAUGUUUUCUUUUGCAAUUGCUUAAAAGACUUGGCUUUCUUGUUGUAGUUUCUUUGCCUAGCAUAUUGAACACCGCGAAUGAUUUAUAAUUGACUUAACUUUGAUGCAUGAUUAAUUAAUUUGAGAAGCUGAAAUUUAAUUCUCGUUUUAACUUCUUGUGUAACUCUCCGACGCAUCACAUCAGCAUGCCUUGCUGUGAAGUUUUUUUCUCUAUCAUCUUAAACUGUUCACCCAAAUGCCUUAUAACCAAAGUCACCCAAAUUACCAUCCAGUUGCAUGUUGGUUAUUUAGGGACCUGCUUUUAUGAUCUAAAUGGAAUUUAUAUUUGACGCUUUUCUUAUCGAAAAAUGGUUAAAAAUAUCACGUGCAAGGUCACAUAUGGUGAAAUUAAUUAAGUUGUUUUAAUAGAGAUGUAGGUGUAGGUGAAUAGUCAUUUGAGAAACGUGGAUCAUCAUGAAGGGUGAUUAAUGAUUUUUAUUAGGCCUAUCUGCUCAAUCGAGAGUGUGUUGGUAACCUUUCCUUCGGAGUUCAUGAAGAUCCAAACAUGAUUGAAUCUAAAGUCCAUAAUCACCAUGUGAUUUGGACCAACAACUUGGAAGUGAAAUCCCAAUAUUUUCUUCCUUAAUCGUCUUCAGAGCCUCUUAUGCUUUAAAUCCCACCACUUUGAGCCAAUUAUCUCGAUUUGGCCUUUCUCCUUCACUUUGGAAAAGUAUGAACCUAUGUGAAGUCUAUAUUUGACAUUUUCUCGUUAAAGAAUGGUAAAAACAUCAUGUUCAAAGUCACGUGACCAUAUUUAACAGCCAAAUUAAGAAAGUUGUUACAACAAGGAACUACUUGCAGAUGUAUUAUCACUUAUGGGACCUAGGUUAAGUGUUUUGAGCAAUGUGGGCCAACAUAAAGCGUAGUCUAUACUUUAAGAGCCUAAGUGUCAUUUUCCCUAUUUAUUAUGUGGAUAAGGGGUUUACAAGUUUACUCAAUAACUUUCUUUUUUAUAAUUGAAUUUUAUUUACAAAUGACUUACAUAUGAUGUGUUUGUAAGUUUUCUAUCUUCUUGUGGUUUUAAGCAUUUGUUUUUUGUCAUUCAUUAAUUUUUAUUUUCUCCUUUGGUUUACUUAUCCACGCAAAUUAAAAAAAAAAAAAACACAGAUUUUACCUCUCUUACUUUUACUUGUUAAUAAGGAAAAGGGUUUACUCUUUUCGCUUUAUAAAUUAAAAAUAUUAUGCCUUCAGAUAGAAGAGGUUGGCUGGGAACAUCUAGUACAUUUGGAAAAAGAUCUGUCUUCUCUCAGCUUUUGUAUCUUAGAUGAAAAUGACAGGAAGCAUACUUUGUUUAUUGGAUUGUCUCAAGAUUAUCCUAAAGGUUUGCCUUCAAUAGCAGCCGUAUCGAUUAUUGGGUCCUGAGUCUGCUAUAGAAACAAUCAGAAAGAAAUGGAAAAAAAAUGGCGGAAAAUGGUAUGGUCAAAUGGGAGAUCUUUUAUGGAAAAUCUAGCUGUUCUUUUGGAGACUACCUUACCUGGUCCUACCAAAGAGUGCAAGAAAAUAGAGGAGCAAAUUGAUUGUGGAAUUUGCUAUGCUCAGUAUCUACCUCAUGAUGAUGAACUUGGGGGUAGUAGUAAUGAACCAGAUUACAAAUGUGAUAAUCCUUGUUGCAGUCGGGCUUUUCAUACUAUUUGCUUGAGGGAUUGGCUUCGUUCAAUCACAACCACAAGACAGUCAUUUAAUGUCUUAUUCGGGAACUGCCCUUACUGCUCAGAUCCAGUUGCUGUUAAAAGUAAUAGCUCUUAAUGGGCUAGGAGUUUGUUCUUUCUCAUUCGGUCGUUAUUGUGUGAAUUAGAUGUUCUUAUAAAUUUGUAUCGGGGAAUUAUAAUACUCGUUAAUUUUUAAAAUUUUAUUUUUCAAACAAUAUUAUUGUAGCUACUUCUACGCCUGAUAUUGUAUUUUGCAUCGUGAUUUUACGUAAAUCGUUCUCAGAAAGCUUGCUUUGGAUCAGUGAUUCCCCAUCUCUGAUAUUUUGCCUAACAUUCAGCUUCGAAGUAUGUUGCAACCAUAAUAUGUUUAAUUGGUCUUUUGUAA